ACACACGCACACGCACACACACAACGAGCUGAAGCCUCUAACGUGUUUGACGCGCACGCAGCAGAGUUGGAAGCAAACAUCCAGCGCAUUCCCUCCCUUAUCACUUCAGAGCCCUGCCGCUGCUGCUCGCUCCGCUUUGUUGUUUGUCCCUGCAGGGCUGAUUGAGCAGCGCGUGACUGACGGCCCGCGGGGCUGCUGUCCAAUCAGCGGUCUGCCCCGCGCCCAAUGGGUGAGUCCUCUCUGCUAUUGGCUGAGGCGAGUGUGGGAAAGAAUGCAGAGAGGGUUUCACACGAACUGGGAGCACGCGAGCCGUCUAUAAGUACCGCCUCGGCGUGUGUCGGCGGCAGAAGCGGACACUCGCCCCGUACGGUGCAGCGCGCGCUCGUGAACUCAGAUGACAGCUCGGCGAUAACAAGGCGACGUAACGCAAACUAAUCGGCGGGACUGUGAGGCAUCUCGUACAUGUCCUGCAGCUGCUUUACGCAAACGUUCAACGUUUUCCUUUCCCCCCCCCCGGAGCUUUGAAGAGGAUUUACUUCUUGACGCUUUUACCCGCUUUGGUCCACGAUGCCAGCUGACACUAUGGAGAAGCAGACGGCGUCCCCCAUCGCUGGUGCCCCUGCAAACGGAACACACACACCGGACAAGCCGAAGAAUGCCAGCGAGCAUAGAAAAUCAUCCAAACCCAUCAUGGAAAAACGACGGAGAGCGAGAAUAAACGAAAGCCUUGGGCAGCUCAAGACUCUCAUCCUAGACGCACUUAAAAAAGAUAGCUCCAGACACUCCAAGUUGGAGAAAGCAGAUAUCCUGGAAAUGACAGUGAAGCACUUGAGGAACCUGCAGCGCGUACAGAUGAGCGCUCUCUCAGCAGAUGCCACCGUCCUGAGCAAAUACAGAGCCGGAUUCAACGAGUGCAUGAACGAGGUCACGCGCUUCCUGUCCACCUCAGAGGGGGUGAACACGGAGGUGAGGUCGAGGCUCCUCAACCACCUGUCCAGCUGCAUGGGCCAGAUGAUGUCCCUAAGCUACCCGCAGCAGGCCGCGUCCCAGCAGGCGCAUCUGGCUCAAUCGCUCCAUGUGCAGCUCCCAUCCACACUGCCCCUCAACGCUGCUGCUAUGUGCUCCAAACUCAGCCCCAGCGAGGCCCUCUCCCCCAAAGUCUUUGGUGGGUUUCAGCUUGUGCCCGCAACUGAUGGACAGUUUGCGUUUUUGAUCCCGAACCCGGCCUUCGCCUCCGCCACAGCGCCCGUCAUCCCCCUUUACGCAAACGCAGGAGUGCCUGCUACGGUCAACGCCAGCCCGGUGCACAGAGGCUCGGCAUCGACUGCAGCUUCACCAGUCCACGGCAUGACGUCUUUCUCCGGGGGGUCUCAGGCGGUCAGUCCGGUCGGAGUGAGCGCCGGCUCGGAAGGCAACGAGCCUGUGUGGAGGCCUUGGUAGCGCGAGGGGCAAGAGACUCAUGUCACAUCAGUUUGCAUUACGUUACCAGUUUAGAAAUUUAACUGACUGCACAUACAACUUUUGAGGGGAUUGAACCUGUGACGUUUUCACUACAGGACCGUAACUCUAACCACUUAAUGCCCCCCCCCCCCCCCCCCACACGGGGAAGUUUUCAUUGUUUCGUUUUAUGGAACAAGGGUUGCCUUACUUGGCACAAGUUUUUUUAAAAGAUAAUUUGUUAUCUGAUUCCAACAUUUGGAUUUCGGUUAUAAAUAUGCUGUACUUGUGGAAGAUUUAUAGGAUUUUUUUUUGUUAUGAAGUACUUUUUAUGAAAAGUUUUAGUUUUGUACAGAUGUGUUAUUGAUUGUUAUACCAAAGCUGUGUUUUAUAUUCUUUGUGGUUUUGUGUUUAAAAGAAAAAAAUGAAGUUGGGUAAUGGCCCAUUGUUCAAAUAAAUUACUUUUCAGAAAUGAA